AUGUGCGCGAUCCCGGCCGCCGCCCCAGAGCACCGUUGUAACGCGCUGUCUAGAAGCCGCCGAGCCCAGGUCUCCCUGGAGAGCAACGUUGCCAACGCAAGCAGCACAGAGAAGCUGGCGACGCACGGGGCAGCGACCGGCCGCGAGACCACGUCGAGCAAGCGAUUCCGCUACGGCGAUCGCCUGAGCACCGAGUCUCAGGCCAUGCCGCCGGCAGGGAUCCGCCCUCUACGCACGGGCAAGGACCGCCUCCGGGACAACCCCUUCAUCAUGGCGGACAUGAAGCAGAGGGGCCACUGCCGCUUCGAGGAGGCCGAGGCCUCGCAGCGGCGCAGGGCUGAAGAGGAGCGUAACUCGGGGUUCAACAUGGGACGGGAUGGCGCCGCUACCUCGAAAGCGCAUGACGACAAGGCCGAGGGCGAUUCGGCGGUCAACCUCAGGGACGUCCGGGCCAGACUUGCCCACGCGAGGCCCAAUCCGCCUACGCAGAGAAAGGCACCUGAGAGACGCGAGUGGGCUGUCCUGAAGAAGACGGGGCGAGGGGAGGCCCCCGAGCAGGUCCUGGAAAAGACCCCGGAGCGAGCCCCGGAGCAACAACUGCCAACUCGGGCCCCGGAGCAGGCACGGCCACAAGGGCUUGCCACGGCCGCCGGGGCCCAGAAGCAGGUGGCCCUCGGGACGCCACAGGCCGGGCCGGCCAUGACGGGUGUCAGGUUUGGCGCUGCUGGCGCUUAGACGGCGGGCGCGCUGCCGACAUGUUCACCCGAACAGCAGAAUAUGGCUUCUAUCGGACAGCAGAAAACAGCCCCCACUGAGCAGCAGAAGAAUGCUUCUACGGAGCAACAGAAA